UUGUGUACUCCUAAGUCCUAAUCAAACUCUUUCUCUCUCCCUCUCUCUCUUUACAAUGGAAAAACAUCUCAAUAUAGAAAGUGAUGAUGCUGAUGACAACUUUGCAACAACAUCAUCAUCACCAACUUCAAAUAAGAGGAAGAGAAUUGAAAGUGAUGAUAAUAACAACAUCAAACAUCCAAGUUAUAGAGGAGUAAGGAAGAGAAAUUGGGGAAAAUAUGUGUGUGAGAUUCGUGAGCCAAAGAAAAAAUCAAGAAUAUGGCUUGGAACAUACCCUACAGCUGAAAUGGCAGCUAGAGCACAUGAUGUAGCUGCUUUAGCUAUAAAGGGUCAUUCAGCUUAUCUUAAUUUUCCUCAAUUGGCAAAAGCACUUCCAAGGCCAAUAAGCACUUCUCCAAAAGAUAUUCAAGAAGCUGCUGCAAAAGCAGCUAAUAACACUUCAUUUGAUGAAGCUCAAGUUGAAGCAAGACAUGAAGAAGAACACGCCUCGCCGUCUUCGAUUCUUGAAUCUUCAAGUUCGACAUUUACCAACGAUGAAGAUGAUGAUGCUGCAUUGUUUGAUUUGCCGGAUCUUUUUCCUGAUGAUGGAAACAAUGGACUUUGUUCCUAUUCUUUGAGAAAUUCUACUUCGUAUCUGUGUGCUGUUGAAUCAACUGCACACAGAUGUAAUGUAGAAUUUCUUGAAGAUCCGUCUUUUUGGGAGAAAUAUUUGUAGUUGUUUUUUCUUAGUAAAAAUAAAAUGUAAAAUUUAGAGGUUAUGUUGUUUUUUAGUCACAGCUUUUGCAUAUUUUGCAGAAUUUACACCAGAAUACAUUUUUGUAUGUAAUUAAGUGUUUUCUAUUGAAAUUUGGUGAAUAAUUAUGUAAGGUGAGAAAAGAGUCUCUAAUCUUUAGUGAAUUAAUAGUUAAGUUAAAAAUAAGGUUAUUUUUCUAGAUUAUAGAGAAUUACAGCACAUAGAUUUGGAAGGUAAACAGUCAUUUUCUAUUUGAUUUUGUUUCCAAAAAUGCAAUAUCAUUGUCAUUGUGAAGGAGUUGACUUUAGCACCAUUGUUAAAAGUUGAUUAUAUAGAAUAAUUAUUGGUCUCUUUUCUACUUUUGAGUAACAAUUGUCCUCUUAUACCUAGUUGAGGUGUGAGAAGUGAAGAAAACGGAUAAAAUAAGAGGAUAAAGUAAGAAUGUGGUAGGUAAUGGGAUAUAGGAAAUGAGGAAAAAUACAAAUAGGCCAACCAUUUUUUCUUGAUGUGGCAUAGGCCAACCAAUUUAUAAUUAUAAGGAUGUGGUUAGUUAAUGAUUUGGAGUAGAGCUAAAGAUGUCAAACUGAGUUGCUUGGAUGCACUCGACUCGAGGAUAAUGUUGCUACUUUGCAAG